CGAAAAUCAUCCCUGAUUAUGUGGCAAGAAUAUUUUGCGAGUCUGAGAACUGGGCCUUAUCAGAAAAGAAAUACCAUCAUCUAAGGCCACUAAAAAUACCAUUGUCGUACGGAAAAUGGCUGCAUAUUUACGUAAAGGCCAAAAUCUUGUGGGGACUCUGCACAAAUGUUACGCCACGGGGGCCAGGGUGAAAAAAUCGGAGCCCGUCAAAGGCAAGACACUGGCAGCUGUUGGUGAAUCAAUUGCCGCAAAGGGGUUUCUGCGGCCUCACAAGCCCUAUGCUCCCCCUAGCAAUGUAGCGGAACGUGUGCGCUCUGUGGCCGUUUCGCUGCAGUUGACCAGUGACAACCGAAGGCUGGACAAUCUGUCCGAGAAGUUUGCAUUUCUAUCAGCAUGCUUUCAAGAACUGCAGCACGGAGUUCCAAACUCCCAGGCGCAUGAACUCAUCACCGUUGCCGAUGUGAUUGCAUUUUACCAGACUCCUGUGGAUACGACUUCGCCUUUGGAUGCUCUCAAGCGCACAGACCUUCCAGAGAAUUUGCACAUACAGUACGAGUAUUUGCGUUUCAAUCCGGACACCGAUACAAAAUUCAAUGGAAAGACAGCGUUCCCGAAGAGCUCCACGCUGGUAACGGGUCUAAAGUAUCGUGGAAAGUACCAGGGGCAUGAAGCCAAGCGGUCUUGGCCUUAGAUCUUUUGUUGAGUUUGUUAGUCCGUUUAUAUUUUAUUAAUAAACUUUGAGAACUUAUAGAAAUUCG